AUGAGUCAACCUGCCGCAAAGAGGCACCGAUCACAAUCAAGGGAUAGUAUAACUACCAGAACAUCAGAAGGAGGAACGGAGAGCGCUAUAUCACGGGAAACGAAAUAUUCAAUUUAUCAAGAUGGAAGAUAUCCCGCACUACUUGAGAGCCAGGGGAGCUACAUGCGCGAAUCACCUUCUGGGUUGCUUCCAGAGGAGCUCGCGUACUGCGAUACUCUGUUCACGGAUCCUGUGACCCUACCAGCAGAGCCCCUGUUCGAAGCAAGUCGAUUCCGAGGAUUUCUUGGUCUCUUAGAGAACAAGUCGGAGCUACGUAUUUGCGUCGAUCUUCACCCCCGGCUGGUCCCUUCGGCAGAACUCCUGUCCUUGAGCGACCAUGGAAAGUUUGGUGAGAUAAUCGAAGGAUACAAUGAUCGAUGGAACAAAGCGAUCUUAUUCUAUAAGAAGCUCCCGCAGCCCGAUCGAACGGUGGCAUUUCGUGAGUCUGCACUUACGCCCGAGCAGCGGCACAGGCUUGGAAUUCUGCCUGAAGUGGAGUCCUAUUUCUCUGUUCGAGAAGGGAUGUGCUUUCCAUUCCUCACCUGCGAGGUCAAGUGUGGGAAGCAAGCACUUGAUAUCGCUGACCGGCCUAAUGCAAACAGUAUGACCAUCGCGACACGAGCCAUGGUCGAGCUAUACCGUUUGACGGGACGAGUAGGCAAUGCUCACCGCCGAGCAGCCUGCUUUUCUAUUUCUCAUGACGAUAAGUGUGUCCGGAUCUACGCACAUUAUGCGGAAAUAGAUGGAGGCGAACCGCAGUACUAUCGCCACCUUUUGCGCUCCUUUGACUGCCGUGACAAGAACGGGCAUGAUCGAUGGACUACGUGGACUUUUGUCAUCAACGUCAUCAGCAAAUUUGCUCCCCGUCGCUUGUCUGCGAUUCGUUGCGCCAUUGACGAGAUUCCGACAUCUUCGGCGCAAUCCAUGGAUUCCACCGUGACAGCAGGUGAUGCUGCCAGGGACAGCAGUUCUCAAGAGAUUCCAUGCACACCGUCCACUUCUCAGCAAGAUGAUGUCUUUAUCAAACCAUCUUCGUCUCGUGGGCGGACCACCGUGAAGCAACAAAUCCAGCAGUUGCAAGAUGCUGGUGAAGCACGCGAGCGACGCCUCAUGGAGCAGCUUGAACUGCAGUACAAAGGGCAAAUCGCACAACAGGAGCAACGCCAUAAGGAGCAGAUUGCUCAACAAGAGCAACGAUACAAGGAGCAGAUCGACCUGCUCAAAUCACUUAUGCCCGGACGCAGACCUUAG